UCUCUUUCAGAGGGUGAUCUAGGAUCAUCGUUCAAAACAGACGAAAUCGUUGACAGGAAAAACUUUUAUGUAGUGAGGUUAACCGAAAUUUACAUUCCUAGAAGUCCUUAAGGAUACACUGUGAGAUAGCUGGUGGUGGACAUGGCACUUUUGUGCUGCGAUGAAGGCGUCACCGGUCAAAUACGUUUGCUACUUCAGGACCCGGGUAGCCCAUGCAUUCAACAAUCUUGCGACGACUCACAACCGACAACACCAAUCUAUAAAACGGAUACAUGAAUACUACGCACGGUACACUACCAAAUACCAUUCAAAUGUAAUCAAACCACAUGAUUGAUACUCAAUCUGCCAAAAACCAUUGGAAUAUUUUAUUCCUAUUGCACACUUCAAAGUACCGCAAGGUCAACUGGCAGCCCAUAGUC